UCUGAGGUCCAGUCACCUCAUACUGACUCACUCCAAGGUGUCCUGACACAGCUAGUAAAAAGGUUUGCACAGUGAGUAUGAACCUGAGCCUCCCUGACCAGAACAUGCACAACCCCAGUGACGGUGGUCUGGAGGAUAACAAGGCUGGGCUCAUGAUCCCCUGCUUCCGUAGAAACAUGUACGAUGAGCCUCUAAUUUCAUACUCCAAUGGAUCCAUCAUCUCUCACCUCCUGCGCAAAACCAUCCACAACAAGAAGGCUCUGGACGAAAGCCAUUUCUACCUACCCACAUCGACUGUGUCCAGCUCCACAAUGGCUGACUCCAGUCAGGAGGACCAGAGCAGUGUCUCGUCCAAGGACAGCGCGGCAGAGUCUGCAUCCCCAGGCAGGCACCUCUCGACCAGGGUCAGCCCUGAGGAGGACAGGCCCCUGAGUGAUCACCUCCAGGCCAAGCGUGCCCGUGUGGAGAACAUCAUCCGCAGCAUGGCGGGGUCUCCCAACAGCAGGCUCCAUGGGGAAAGUGAAAGGGCUGAGUCAGACACCAGGGAGGCUAGAGAGGCCUACAGGGAGAACAAACGUAAACAGAUGCUCCCCCAGCAUCAGGAGCACAGUCUCAAUGCGGUAGCUCCAGCUAACAAAGGCAGCAGUAGCAGCAGCAGCAGUAAGGAUGAAGAGUGCCACAAACUGAAGGUGCAGCUCCAGAGCAUGCAGAGAAUCCUGAGACAGCUCCAGGAUAAGUUCUUACAGGUUUAUAACCAGGACGACGCUGUGCACGAAGACAGAGAUGACACAGGCACAGCCAGCCCUCCUGAAAAUGAUGACACCACACCAAGCAAAGAGUCUGGGUUCAUGUUCCGUAUAAACAUGGAUGAGGAGUUAGAGAGGAAGCAUGACAGUGGUAAAGGGGGCUGUAAGGACAGAGUGAAGACAGACAGAAGUUAUCUGACACAUCAAAGGGGAGGCAAGAACCUACAGGAGACUCUGAAGCAUGAGCUCUCCAAAGCGAUGAGUGAGAGUGUAGAUAUGGUGUUCAAGAAACUCUCCUCCACGGGGCUCAACCAGUCAUCUCAUCAGCGCAUGUGUCACACCCCGGAGAACAUCAUUAUGGGAGCUGAGAGGAAGAGCCAGGUACCCUGUAACCAGGAGCAAUCACACACUGAGGAGUCAGUCAAACCCCAGGCUCUAGAGCACUAUGAGAGAAGUGAGGCUUGCAGUCCUAAGGAUCAGACCGAAGCUCUGUCUCUAGUGGUCCGUAAGCCGCCCCUGAGCCAGCUUAGCUCAGUUACCCCGACGGUGAAGAGGCCCUAUCCCUUACACCAGUCUCCAUUCCAGUUCAACUACAGCACACCUCUCCAUGACAGUCAAAUGCUGGAACACCUCCUCAAAUACGGGCCCCACACUAACUUCGGAGGUCUCCCAUGCAUGCCCCCAUCCAUGGACAGAACCUCACCAAACUCGGUGGACCUACCCUGGUCCAUGAGGUCCAAAGUGACAUCCAGCCACCUGGCCCACCACCAUCACCCAUCAGGCCUGGGUCCAGUGACCGUGGACAGUCUGUGUCUCCCUCAUGUCAAGAUGGAGUGUGGGGACCUGCAGAGCAUAGCAGAGAGAAACUCCUACAUGUCUCUCAACAUCCAGCAAGGCCUAACCCCCAACCAUCUGAAGAAAGCUAAGCUGAUGUUCUUCUACACCCGUUACCCCAGCUCCAAUGUGCUGAAAACCUUCUUUCCAGAUGUCAAGUUCAAUCGAUGCAUCACCUCUCAGCUCAUCAAGUGGUUCAGUAACUUCCGGGAGUUUUACUACAUCCAGAUGGAGAAGUUUGCCCGCCAGGCCAUAGUGGACGGGGUCAGGGAUGUGAAAGACAUGUCCAUCAGCAGAGACUCUGAGCUGUUCAGAGCCCUCAACAUGCACUACAACAAAGCCAAUGACUUCCAGGUUCCUGAGAGAUUCCUUGAGGUUUCUGAAAUUACUCUUCAGGAGUUUUUCAACGCCAUUUCAACUGCUAAAGAUUCUGACCCCUCUUGGAAGAAGGCAAUCUACAAGGUCAUCUGUAAGAUGGACAGUGAUGUCCCAGAUGAGUUCAAAUCAUCCACCUGCCUAUAGACAGAGCAAGCAAAAGCCAUGCUCAAGGAAGGAAGGACAUUUUGAAGUCAUGCAAUGACAAUAAAUUCUGAUUUUAACCCGUUGCCAAUGAAUUGGAUUUUAGUGAGGAAAUUCUGGAAAAAACAUGAAGUUGUAUUAUACACAGCAGGAACCUACUUAUGGCACACACUUUUUACAGUCUUAGUAAACACAUUAUAACACUGCUUCAGCUCUCUCCUAUGAGUUUUUGGUAACACAUACUUGACACAAAGGUCAUAACCAUGUCAUAAUAUCUCACAACAGCUGAUUAUGACACCUACAUAAGAAGGUCACAACCCACAUGUAUUCAAAAAAAAAAUUUUCCCUGCCAAGAGGUUUCCUUUCAUUUGAACGUUUGUUUCUUCAAUAUUCUGUUGUUGUUAUGAAUUCUUUAGUCAUGUUUUUUUUCUCAUCACAUUUUAAAUAACUUGUAGAAAAUACACUUUAUGACACUGUCAUGAAGCGUUAUGACCAUCGUAAUCAUAUAAGGCAAAAAGGCCUAUCACGUACAUGCCCUUAUAUCGGUCAUCAGUCAUUUGCCCCUGAAAUCUGCUCCUGCAUUCAUCCCAGUCAUCAUAUAACAUAAACAUACUGUUGACACGUAGGCUAUGGUGUUAUGGAAUGUUUUGCCUUGUGUGGUAGGUUUCUGCCUUGUGUGGUAGGUUUUUGCCUUGUGUGGUAGGUUUUGUGGGUUUUGACACUAUUAUGUAGGUAUCAUAACCAGCCAUAAAAUAACGCAAUAUGUGUAUGGAAUGUUUUGCCUUGUGUGGUAGGUUUCUGCCUUGUGUGGUACGUUUUUGCCUUGUGUGGUAGGUUUUUGCCUUGUGUGGUAGGUUUUGUGGGUUUUGACACUAUUAUGUAGGUAUCAUAACCAGCCAUAAAAUAACGCAAUAUGUGUCACAACAGGUUGAAAUAUAUGUGUCAUGACAGUGUUAUGACCAUGUUAUAACAGGUUAUGACAAGUUAUGUCAGCUGUUAUGACAUAUUAUGACAUGGUUAUGACCGUGGGUGUCAAGUAAAGUGUUACUGAGUUUUUUUAAAGACUUAGCUGAGUGCAUAUGUUGUUACUGUGUCGUUGUGUUUCCAUGUGGAUUCAAUUAAUACAAUAUGUAGUUGCAUGUUUGUAGAUUUACUGAUAUUUAAAGGCAGUGCUUCAGUACUAUAGUGUACUUGCUAGGUCUGGUAGACUUACAAGUGUUAAGAAAUUUGUACUUUUUAUACAUAUUUGACUUAUGUUUCCUCAAUGGACAUGGGAUUUAAUCGUCUCUAUAGGUGAGAGAAAGAUUCAUUCGUAUCAAGUGUCUUAUGUAAAUGUAAAUACGCUACAAUUACAGUGUUUAAGACCAAAUAAAUAACCUAAUAACAUGUAAAUAUUGCAAAUGACCAGAAACUUACGAAAAAAGCUGUUUAGAAGUUUGUGUGCCUAUUGCUAUAGUCUAUGGCCUACUGUCAUCUUACUUCCAUAGACACCAUAUUUUGAGUGGUUAUUUGAUAGUCCAGUUGAUAGAUUAAAGCUGCACUUAACUUCAUCUUGUGACGUCUUGUUUCGUUAUAACUGAUUGUAAGUUGCUCUGGGUGAGAGUGUCUACUAAAAUUACUUGCAUGUAAACAAGCACAAUUUUAUUUUACUGAAUUAUUUCACAAUUAGUUUCAGGCAUUGCCAAAAAUUUUGUAAAUAUAAUUGACAUUUGAAGUACUAAUGUUUGUAACAACCCAUAUAAAGUAUUCUGCCUCAAUUCUGAGCCACUAAGGUACCUCUAAUCCAUGUAAUUAAA